AUGAAAUCCAUUCCAAAUGUUUAUAUUAGGAAUUUAUUGAGUCUUUUGCUAAAUUAAGGUUUUGUAAUUUAAAUGCUCAUUUAAUUGUUUAUUAGUAAUUUUUUUUAUUAUUUAAGUCAUAUCCACAUUAUAUUUGUAAUGAUAAUGAAAAUGAUUUCCAAAAUCAGCUUUAGAUUAAUUUAUAAAAUUUAAACUUAACUUUUUCUUAUUAAGCUCAUAAAUUUGAAAUCAAAUAUCUUAUAAAAGUACUCAAUUGGAUAUUUUAUUUUUCAUUAAAUCUUGGCUUUUCUGCAUCUAUUUUAUUAAAAAUAGUGCAUAAGAUUUGUUAUCUAUUUGGAAUUGUUAUUAAAUAUAUAAUUAUGGUAUAUUAAAAAAUUAAACAAGGAUGCCUUAAAAAAUAAAAAGAGCGAUAGAACCUCCCAAUUUGUUACACACUUAAUGUUUGAAGUUUUUACAUUACUCUACAUAGAAUUUCUGAUUAAUUUUUAUUUGGAAUAAAUGUCAAUAUUAAUUUUCUGUCAGACAUCCUUAUUAAGUGAAAUAUAAAUAAUUAGUUUAUUU